AUGGUGCUGCUGAUAGACCGGUGUUGUAUUACAAUACAAACCAGAAUUCCUGUUUCACAACUCCCCUUGUGGGUUUUAAGGAGGGCCGGGGCGGCGCUGCCCCAGUGCGAGCGCGGCGUGGGCAAGGAGCGGGCACGGAGUGGGCACGGAGCGCAGGGCACGGGCCGGAGCACCGCGGGCCGGCUCCAGGGCAGCCGCAGCCUCCGCGGGCCCGCACCGGGCACAGCCGCCGGCAUUCUGCGGGCAAAGGACCCCGCCGGAGCUGCACGGACAUGGUGAGACUCGGCCUCGGAGCGGCUCAACGGCAGAGGUCCCUACACGAGACCCAAAUCCUCCAGGCCAUCAGGCUCCUUCAAGCGUGUUGGGAUCCUCGUCCUGGCCGUGGUGCUCACCCUGGCCUGUCUGGUGGCCAUUGGGUUCCUGGUGAAGAUUUACCUGGACCACCACUACCUGUUCUGCAAGCAGCCCCUGAAGCUGGUGCCACUGAAGCAUGUGUGCGACGGGCAUCUGGACUGUCUGCAGGGCGAGGACGAGGCCAACUGUCCCCAGUGGUUCUCUGAGGGGCCACCAGCCUGGGCCCGCGUGUCCAAGGACAGAUCCAUCCUGCAGGUGCUCCAGAGCCACACGGGCACCUGGUCCUGUGUGUGCCACGACCACUUCACCCCGGCGCUGGCCAGAGCUGCCUGUGAGCAGAUGGGCUACAGCAGCACCCCAACAUUCCAGGGCGUGGAGGUGAGCGCGGGGCAGCCUCUGCCUCCCCGCGAGGUCGUGCUGAGCAAUGGGAGCCUCCAGGUGCUUGAGCCAGGCAGGAAAUGCCUCUCGGGGCUGGUUGUGUCACUCUUUUGCUCCAACUGCGGGCAGAGCGUGCGGACCCCGCGGGUGCUGGGGGGCAGCCCGGCCGCCAUCGAGGCGUGGCCCUGGCAGGUGAGCCUGCAGUACAGGAAGGAGCACAUCUGCGGGGGCAGCAUCAUCGGGCCCGGCUGGGUGCUGACGGCCGCGCACUGCUUCAAGAACAACCCCAUCAUCCAGAGCUGGCGUGUGAAGGCCGGCUCGGACCUGCUGUCGGGCGCUGCCACCAUCGCCGUGGAGAAGGUGUUCCUGGCCGAGGUGACCCCCGCGUCCCCCAAGGACAACGACAUCGCCCUGGUGAAGCUGCGCUCCCCCGUGCACGACUCAGACAGCACCAAGCCCAUCUGCCUGCCCUACUUUGAUGAGGAGCUGGUGCCGGGCACCCCUCUGUGGGUGAUUGGCUGGGGCUACACAGAGGAGCACGGGAAGCUGUCGGAGCGCCUGCAGCAGGCUGAGGUGGAGCUCAUCGACGCGCAGAGCUGUAACCUGGCCGCCUACCACGGCGAUGUCACCGACAGGAUGCUGUGUGCCGGGCUGCCCCAGGGCGGCGUGGACACCUGCCAGGGGGACAGCGGCGGGCCCCUGCUCUACUCGGGAGGGCACUGGCAGGUCGUGGGCAUCGUCAGCUGGGGCCAGGGCUGCGGCACCCCCAGCACUCCUGGAGUCUACACCAGCGUCCGUGCAUACCUGGACUGGAUCUACGCCGUGCGCAGGGUCAGUGCCGUCCUGCAGCUCCCUUCGCUGAGCUGCCCCCAAAGGGACACUUCUGCUGCUUUGCUCUUGUUCUGGCCGCCCUUCCAGAGCCCUCAAUGCCCUCUGUGCCUCUCUCUCCCCGCAGUCAGAGCUCUGAGACCUGCUGGAACAGGUCGCUCCUCGCCCCCAGCCUCCCCUCCCACCCUCUGCCCUGGCUCUGGCAGUAGCAGGGCCACAGAUCUCCAGCCACGGAAGGUGAGCAAGGCUCCCAACGCCUCGUGGCAGCUGUGA